AUGAGCACCACACCGGCCAGCUCGACCACCCACCAGUACCUUCGCCAGGUCCUCCACCAGACGGACCCGCCUCCGCCAAUCAAAGCCCGCUUCUUCUAUACUUCUACCAUACCCAUCGACGACCCUCUGUCGCCUCUACCGCCUCCCGCUAGCAGUGACAGCACGUGGGUGAGGCAGCCUCCCAAGCCUUUCUCCGAGUACGAUAACACCGCUCUCGACAAAGCAUGGAAUCAACUGCGCCAUCAGAUCUUGCGGUACGAUGAAGAGAGAGGGGAGAAGGACGGUUCGCACGAGGACAGUCGGGUCAGAUCGCGUACGAGCGCUUCAACAGCGAGGGGCAGAAGUGGCUCCGGAUCGAAGGGUGCCCUGUCAAGGUCAAGACAUGCAAAGCAACCAGCUUCCGGACUCAGUCAGGUAGAUACAUGGCAAGAGGAUGAUGCAUCGACGGCAGAAGUGCCCGAGAGCGCGAGUGAUCUUGCAGCGGGGACAGAUACUACAGGAAACCCUUUUACCAGAUUGCCAUCGAAGCAAAAGCUAGAUCCGUCUUCAGCACAACGAUUCGAAGAUCGGCCAGCGAGACCCAUGCAUAGAACACUCGACUCGUAUACAUGGGAUGACCCCUCCCAUCUUGCGGAACAUAGUCCCGCUCCGGAGAAGAGGAAGAAAAAGGUCGACCCAAGUCCAACUGCAAAAGUUGCCGUGGGGAUCUCGAGGUUGCAUCAGGUGGAGAUGCCGGAGCUACAUAUGACUCCUAUAUACUGGGCGCCGGUCCACGACACAGCUCAGGUCAUGCGAGGGACAUGGUUCUACGAAGACACCAUGCUGCCGGUGGAGACGCCUGUCGCGAACAUGCUGGAGGCUGGCUACAUCGAUUUGCAAUGUUGGACGGAGACCUGGCAAGACGAGCUGAACAGUGCUGUGGAAGUCGGAGCGCUAGGCGAGAUGAAGAUCGUACAUAAGCUGUGGCCAGACAAGCCUCGCAAGUCUGUUAAUAGCAGGGGGAGCGAGAGUGGCAGUAGGCGAGGUACGAUUAGAGACGACAACUUGCUGCGUGCUGCUACCACAAAUCUCUUCGAGGAUGAGCCGGAAAGUAUUGAACAACAGCGACACAGAGCGGUCGAAGCUGCGUGUGAUAUCAUCGACGUGUCGACUGGUGCUGGCGGUGUUGAUAACAAAGCUUAUGGCGAGGCAACAUACGGCCGAGCGGGUGCUGUGCGGACGUAUGGGACGUGUGGUGUGAUAUAUGCAAACGAACGAGAAGCGAAGAUUCUGAAACCAACUCUUCUCCCAUCAGCCUAUUAUGGAAGGCGGCCUCUAGCAAACUACGUUCGCAAGAACCACAAGAUCGGCAUCCCUGUUGUUCGAGGUUUCGAUCAGUCGAAAUGGGACAAGCUUUAUCCUCCCAAGAAAGGCGGUGCCAUGCAAGAGAAGGCUGAGCGCGGCGUUGCUGCAGCAGGCCCAGACGCAGACCGGCGACGCAAGCAAGACCCGGACCUUGCCAAAGCCGACCGCCCCAAGGUCACUGAUUUGGUGUUUGUGAUUCACGGCAUUGGACAGAAAUUGAGCCAGCGUAUGGAGAGCUUCCACUUCACGCACGCAAUCAAUGCGUUCAGGAGAGAGAUCAUGGUGGAGUGCGGCAACAAGGAGGUCAAGCAUCGUUUUCGCGGCGACAUGGGCGGUAUCAUGGUGCUACCGAUCAAUUGGCGACAUUCGCUUUCCUUCGAAGAAGGAGGAUACCGGCCAGACGACCCAGCCGGAGCGCAGCCAGAUUCGACUAUCAACGAGUUCACUCUGAACGACAUCACGCCCGACACAUUGCCCUCCGUCCGCGGCAUCGUGAGCGAUGUCAUGCUCGAUAUCCCUUAUUAUAUGUCCCAUCACCAACCCAAGAUGAUUGCGGCUGUCAUCAGAGAGGCAAACAGGGUUUACAGAAUCUGGUGCCACAACAAUCCCGGCUUUGCAGAGCACGGCAACGUACACAUCAUCGCUCACUCUCUGGGGAGUGUCAUGUCGAUUGACAUUCUCUCCAAACAACCUACCACCGUUCCGAAGCACCUGUCCGACCCGACGCAAAUCGACCUAGACGCUGAAGAGGUCGAUCACUUCCUCUUCAACACCCAUAAUCUUUUCCUUGCAGGCUCACCGGCAGGCUUCUUCCUCUUACUGCGGAGAGCGCAACUGAGACCUCGGAUCGAUCAUCCUUCGGCACAGGCCAUUGCGGAUCCCACGAGCAACAUCGCCGCCAUCUGUGGCGAACGCGGAGAGUACGGGUGUAUCUCCGUGCACAACAUCUACAACAUCAUCAACGGCUACGACCCCGUCGCGUACCGCAUGAACGCCGCCGUCGACACGUCCUACUCGGCGGCUCUCAAGAAAGCCUUCAUCCCGUCCAACACGCCUUCCUUCUGGUUCCCACCCGGUACCUCGAACACCGCACGCUGGUUCGGCGGCAUCGGCGGCCCCGCCACGUCCGCAGCGACGAACCUCAACGUGCCGUCCAUGCCGCGUCUCCCGAGCAACGUCGAACUGGAAACGCACAAUUUCACGCGCGAAGAGCUCGCCGAGAAGCGCAUGACGCUGUUGAACGAUAACGGACAGAUUGACUAUUUCGUCAAGUAUGGCGGCGGGACGUUUGAGAUUCAGUACCUGACCAUGUUGGGCGCGCAUAGUGCGUAUUGGGGGUUGAAGGAUUUCAUCCGCAUGGUGGUUGUGGAGAUUGGAAGGGAGGGGGGCAGGGAGGGGACGCUGGCUGGGUUGAGGGCUGGGAAGAAGAGGGGCGGGGCGGCGGCGGGGUUGAGUGCUGCUGCUAAUAAAUAA